GCGGCCCCGGCCCCUCAGCCCGGCCCCGCUCCGGCCGGAGCCGCUCCUGAAGCGGAGAAACUGAGGAACAGAGGAACAGAGCCAUUCCUGUUACUGCCUCAGCCCGGGGCCGCUCCGGAGAGCGCUCCUGAAACUGAGCAACAGAGCCAUUCCUGCUACUGCCUCAGCCCGGGGCCGCUCCGGAGAGCGCUCCUGAAACUGAGCAACAGAGCCAUUCCUGCUACUGCCUCAGCCCGGGGCCGCUCCGGAGAGCGCUCCUGAAACUGAGCAACAGAGCUUCAGCUGCCAUCGCCUCAGGCCAGCCCGCCGCGGCCGGGGGCUCUGGGUGAGCUUCCCCGGAGCAGCCGGGAUCGGGGACUCCUCCUCCUCCAGCCCGCGUUUCGGGGAGAGGAGAAAGGCUUCUUUAUGGCAAUGCUAGAUCCUUUAGAGAACAACUUGUUUGAUCUUCCUGAUUAUGAGAACACAGAAGACGAAACAUUCCCACCUCUUCCCCCUCCUGCCUCUCCAGGAAGAGACGAUACAGAAUGGGCUCAGGCUAAUGGAGAUCCAGAUGGAAACCAGCAGUCCCAAACAAAGGAUUCUGCUGUGACCAAACAGAAGGCAGUAAAGAGACCAAGGCCUAGAUUAGAUGCCCAAAGGUUAACUUCAGAAAGAGGGCUCCCAGCCCUGAGACACAUGUUUGACAAUGUCAAGUUCAAGGGCAAAGGGCACGAGGCAGAGGACCUGAAGACUCUGAUCCAACACAUGGAGCACUGGGCUCACAGACUGUUCCCAAAACUGCAGUUUGAGGAUUUUAUUGAUGUAGUGGAGUCUUUGGGAAACAAAAAGGAAGUUCAGACCUGCCUCAAGCGGAUCCGACUUGAUCUUCCUAUUUUACAUGAAGACUUCAAAAAUAAUGAAGCAGAAGAAGGGGCGAGCAACGGGCUGGACACAGCUGCUGAGGAUGCACACUCCCCCUGGGGCAGUGCAGAGGAGCUGGGCUCCCUGCCCGGGCCCAGUCUGACGGAGGAGCAGCAGGAGCGGAUGAAGAAGAACCGGCAGCUGGCGCUGGAGCGGCGGCAGGCGCGGCUGCAGGGCCUCAGCCAGUCCCAGCACCAGGCAGAGCUCCCGAGUCAUUACUCAGAAGAGGAGUUUGACAGCCCAGUUGCUCAGGAUCCCCCUGACCUCACUGAAGACACUCAGGUUCCUGCAGCCAAGGAUGCUCCCACAGAACAUGGAGAUGAUGAAUUGGGAUGUGCCAGGGAAGAGCAGUAGCUCCCCCACACUGUGAAUGCCUUUCUUGACCAAAAGACCUCCUUGCUUUAAGUACUGUCAUUAUACUGAAAUGUUGCUGGCUCUUGGCACUCCAGAAGCUUCAGGGAAGUGUUUCCCAUGGUGUCACUGAAGGACAGAACUCGUUCCUGGAAGCUGCAGGGGAGCAGCUCCAUAUACCAGGAAACAGAACAAAGUCCUUCAGCUGCACUUGAGCCAUCUUUUCCACCUCCCAAAACGUUUUCUAAGAAAUGUUUAUGAGUUUUUGGACCUAUUUGAAUAGAGUUUAUAAUUUAUGUUAAACUGAAUGAACUGGGAUGUUGAUAGAUUAAGUUGCUAUUAAAGGUGUGUUUGGGGUUUUUUAACAGGGGCAUUGGAUUUUUUUUAACUGCUUAUCCAUUACUUAUAUAUUUUUCAUAUAAAAUGGAAGCUAUUAAAUUUGAAAAGUCAAACCUGGAA